GCUGUGUAUUCUUUCUCAUCCGAGAGCCGCUCAUCUUCAUACUGGUUCGAUUUGACCUAGAAACAAAUGCAGCUUUGGACAGAUGACUUUAUUCCUCAUUUGGUUUGAAGUACCGAACUAACGUAGGAAGAAAUGUUAAGGGAUGACCGGCUAUAUUCUCGGGAAUGCCUAUCGUAGCCUACUCAUGGCGUAUCAGCAAACUGUCAUCUUCCAAUCUUCCAUCCUAUCCGUGAUGUUUUGACAUAUCGAUGUGCCGUUUGAAUGUGCAACAGGCUCCCGCCAUAUAUUCAUGCGGUUUAUGGAGACGACGGGGAAUCAAAGGGAGGAUGUGUCCUAGUGCUCUACACAUAUUUGUUUGUAGUCGUUACAAAUAUAACCAUUUAUUAACGUUGCUCAUGACACACUGAAUGGUGCUCUUUGAUCUAUACACAACUGGACAGCACUUCAAUUUGGCGAAGUCAUUUUUUGUAGAAGUUUGUGUCAGAUUAUAAGGGAAUUUAAAAUGGCAACGCAAGUAACGGGGAGGAAAAGAAUUUCCAACCGGGAGAAACUAUCGGCGGAGGAUGAUACUCUCAGUCAAAUAGCUCGAGAGGCGGAGGCAAGACUGGCAGCUAAACGGGCAGCCCGGGCAGAAGCCAGAGAAAUCCGAAUGAAGGAAUUGGAGAGGCAACAGAAGGAGGAGGACAGUGAGCGGUAUUCCCGCCACUCUCGGAGACAUGCCUCGUCUCAGAUAUCAGAUGAUGAAGAGCGGAUGUCUGUUGGCAGUCGGGGCAGUUUGAGGGGCAACCACACAGAUCUCUGCAGCAGCAGCAGCAGCAGUCUGCCUACAGCCAGACUACAAAAUGGACGGCCUUCAGACUACAAUGGCUUUCUGGGUUCCAGUUCCAGGGCCUCAUCUAGGGCUAGUUCAGCCCGUGCCAGUCCAGUGGUGGAGGAAAGGUCAGAUUUCCUGGAAAAGGGGUCCCGGACAGCCUCCACCCUCUCUGCUGCAACUCUGGCAUCUCUGGGGGGAGGUUUAUCACGAAGAGGAAGCUGUGAUACAUCGAUUUCAGCUGACACUGAAGCCUCCAUACGGGAAAUGAAGGACUCCCUUGUGGAGGUGGAGGAGAAGUACCGUAAGGCAAUGGUGUCCAAUGCUCAGCUGGACAAUGAGAAAACAAACCUAAUGUAUCAGGUGGACACAUUGAGAGACACUCUGAUGGAGCUGGAGGAACUUCUGUGUGAGACACGCAGAGAGUGUGAGGAGAAAACCAGAGACUUCGAGCGAGAGCAUCAUGCCCACAGUGUCCUGAAGUUCCAGUUUGAGGAGAUGAAGGAAACACUGAGGCAGAGUGAAGAGUCGGUGACGGUAACCCAACAGUCUCGUGGGAAGCAGCCGGACUAUAUUAGAGAGAUCGCAGACUUGCAAGAAACAUUGGAAUGGAAAGAUAAAAAGAUCCGGGCAUUAGAGAGGCAGAAGGAAUAUUCAGACAUUAUCCAUGAUGAACGCGAGGCACUCAGGGACGAGGUUUACCGGCUUAGGGAUGCUCUAAAGAAACAUGGCGUUGUGCUGGGAUCUGAGGUGACAGCCAAUGGGGAGGUAGCAGACAGGACGAUUGAUGGGCAUGCUGAUGUGGAAACAGCCUCAAGAUUGAAUCAAGACUCUCAAAUGAGUGGAGACAGCGUGUUAGAGAUCAGAUUGAGGAAAUUGGUGGAAGAGAGAGAGAGUUUACUCGACCAGGUACGGAAGUAUAAAACCAUUGGAGAGCAGAAACAAAAGAAUGGGACAGAAGAAGCAGGAAGCACAGAUGAGGAUGACCUCCAGAAUGGUCUGGACCCUCAUAUUCUAGAUCUGCAGAGAGAUGCUAACAGGCACAUCAGUGACCUAAAAUUCAAGCUGGUCAAGUCUGAGCAAGAAGUCACAGCACUUGAACAAAAUAUCAUUCGGCUGGAGGGGCAGGUGAGCCGCUAUAAAACGUCUGCUGAGGCUGCAGAGAAAGUCGAAGAUGAACUAAAAGUGGAGAAACGCAAGCUGCAGAGAGAGCUGAGGUCUGCACUUGACCGUAUCGAUGAGCUGGAAGCAAGCAACAGCCACCUUACGAAGAGACUAGAGAAGAUGAAGGCCAAUCGGAGUGCCCUUUUGGCACAGCAGUGACGCCCAUCUGUGCCCACUCUGAAGUCAGGGGCAUGAUUCCCAUCUAGCACUAAUGAUCCGCCACCCGUUUUAAACUAAAACAACUAUCAAUAUCAUAUCAAAUAAGCCCAAUCAUUAUCAUCCUAAUUGAAAGUAGGCCUAAAUAGCCUAUGGCUGACAGGCAUGUACAUCAAACUUCAUUUGUCUUCUAGUGGGAGUCAAAGAGGCGGACAAAUCAACAACUCAUACUGAGGCUCAUCAAAGUGACUUUUUGUUUGGAUUAGCAGAAUUCAGGCCUUCAAUGAGCUCUCAAAAUGUUUUGACUGGUUACGGAUCUCUUAAGUCUACAAACCAACUCAGCACAGGAAGAGCACAGUUAUGGCAGCAUGUUCCUUUAUGGUAGCAUGUUACUUAUGUAAUCCAGUGGUGAGGGACAUUAAAUAAUCUUAGCAGACCGUGCACUUUAUCCAUUCCAGUACUCAAAUUUUGUGUUAUGUGGAAACUGUAACUUACGGUGCCUGUAAGGUGACUUGUUCGGUUUACUUAGUUUUGUCGUGGCCACAACAUAAUAACUCGUGGGAACUUGAUAAUAUGUCAUGGCCACAAGAUAUUAAUUUGUGGGAAUGUCAUAUUAACUCGUGGGAAUGUCAUAUUAUGUCAUGGCCAUGAGAUCAUGUUGUCGAGGUAAGGACAUCCUUAUGUCGUGGCCUCGAGAUGCUAUGUUGAGGGAACAACAUCCAUUUCUCGUGUCCAAGACUUCUUAUGUUGAGGGAACGACAUGUUUUUCUCGUGGCCACGAGUUUAAUGGGUAAACAAACCAGCAUGACCAUAGCAACCCGGGAUUUUCAGAGAUGGAUUCAUUGAUAUUUUAUUUUGAAUUAAGAAAUGAUUAUAUUAUUUAUACAUAUGAAAUUUAUGCAUUUACAUUAUGACAUUUUAUGUUAAUGUCGAGUAUUUACAGUACGGUAUUGUUUACAAAAAUAUUCAGAAUGGUAAGCAAAGAGAUCGAAAUUGAAGCAAAAAAAAAGAAUAUAAACGACGUAUUAUCACGUUCACACAAGUUAUUAUUUCAUGGCCACGACAAAACUAAGUAAACCGAACAAGUCACCUUACCGGCACCGUAGUAGCUUAUCUGCACACAGAUUUGCAAAAAGAGGUAAUGGAGUUUAUGUAGCCCAGAUAUUAUAUGACUGAAUGUAUGCUCUUAUACAGAGAAAGUGUGUGUUCGUGCAAUUUUUGUGCAGGCGGGGAGUGUUGUUUAUACUCUCAACAGUUUAUAAGAUUAUUGGAGAAUUGCUAUAAUGUCCAUUUUAUUUCACACCAAAUCUCUGUGUGUAAGUGUGUGUGUUGGUCUGUACUUAAAUAAGGUGGACUAGCACUUCAUAAUGUUAGUCAUUUUGUUUGUACGCUAAUUUUGUGUAAAAAAAAGGGGAACUUUAAAUAAAUAAAUAAUGAUGCAAUAACAAUGCUGUUAUAACUUUAUGGAGUAUAUCUGGGGAUAAGCCAGGCUUCAAAUGAUUUGAAUCAUUAUCCUGUUUCAAAUGUUCUCAGUGGAUGUAUUCAAAGUAUACUUUGUUGCUUUAUGAAAGCACUCAAUAUAUUUUUCUUGAGGUUGAAGUGGGCCAAAUGAUAAUACUUUUCUUUUGUUUAAUAUGCAGGUUUUAGAACACACUUUCUUUGUUUAAAAAUACAGAAGCCUCGUUGUAAUAUGAUUAGUAGAAUUAGACGGACAGGAAACACAGCUUAUCAUCAGUACUGAUUCAUGUCCAGUUUAAACUUAGAUCAUGGUGCAACUUUAUCAUCUGAGGGCUAAAUGGACAUAUGAGAUGUCACCAGCAUUUAAAGAUAUAAUCUAUAAUCUGAGUCUUGCUUUUGAAAGCAUGCUGAGCCAAGACAAUAAAUGGGAGUGCAGCUCUUUUAUUUAUUAUUAUAUAUUUUUAAGCUGGUCAUAGUAGCACUUUCAGUAAUGGUCUGCCAUUUACAUUAAGUCUAACAUUAAAUCUCAUUGGAUUUGGGUUUUAUAGAAAUGAACAUGGCUUUUUUAAGAAAAAAAAGGGGUAUUGUUUUGCAAUAAUGCUUUCAAGUGUAAAUUGACCAUUGCAUUUACACAAAAACUGCCCAAUGUACAUCAUUAUGAAAACAGCUAUAAUAACGAUCGACAUGAUGCUGUAUCUGCUGGGUAAUGGGUUGUGGUAAGAUUAUUCUUUUUUGCUGAUUGUGCGUUUCACUUGCAUUCCUCCCCUGGGUUGUGCUACCAUUGGAGACACCUUGUCUGCACACUCAGUGAACAUGAACUUGCCAUCUCUAAAGAAAUGAUAUGCUGAACUAUUACAUUGUUCACCGGUAUUACAGCUCUUCUGUAUGACAUGGCAUAGCAAGAAAUAAACUCAUGCAAUAACACUGA